AUGAAUGAAACAACAUCUUCUAAUGAUUCCAAUAUGAAUCCAAGUAAUUCCACUAACCCUCACUCAACUACUACUAACUCUACUACUACUACUGAUGAUACUAUGAAUAAUAUUAAUGAAAUGAAUUUAUCUGAAAAUUUGGAAAAUUCUAAAACAUCCGUAACAUCAAAAGUAUCAACUUCUAUAACGUUGAGUAGGACUGGUGGUAUAUAUAUACCACCAUUUAAACUUCAAAGAUUACAAUAUGAAAUAGAACCGGAUGAUUCUAUUGAUUAUCAACGUCAGGAAUGGGAACGUUUACGUAAACGUAUAAAUUCUAUUGUUAAUAAAUUGACAUUAACAAAUGUAGCACAAUUAGUUGUUGAGUUAUUGGAAUGUAAUUUGAUUCGUGGUCGUGGUUUAUUUGCAAGAACUUGGAUCCGUGCACAAAUGGCAUCUCCUGGUUUCACACCAAUUUAUGCCUCAUUUUUAGCUAUAGUAAAUUCGAAAUUUCCUGAAAUCGGUGAACUAAUCUUAAAGCGUAUAAUAUUACAAUUUCGUAGAGCAUUUAAGAGAAAUGAUCGUAUAGUAUGUCAGUCUUGUAUAAAAUGUAUAGCUCACAUGGUGAAUCAAAAAAUAGCACAUGAGAUUGUUGCAUUACAAUUACUUGCAAUAUUACUUGAGAAACCAACUGAUGAUUCAGUAGAAUUAGCAGUAGACUUUGUACGUGAUGUUGGGAAUUUUCUACAUGAUAAUUGUAAACAAGGAUUAGAUUCAGUAUUUGAUCGUCUUAAAAGUAUAUUACAGUAUGGAUUAGUAGAUAAGAGAACACAAUAUUCUAUUGAAGCUUUAUGGAAACAUUGGAGGAAUGGUUUUAAUGAAUUUCCAUCAAUAUUGCCAGAAUUAGAUUUAUUAGAAGAAGAUGAUCAAAUUACACAUGAUAUUGAUUUUCUAGAUGAAAACAUCACUGGUGAUGAAGGAAUUAAUAUAUUCCAUCCGGUGGAUCCGGAAAUUUAUAAAUUAGAAAAUAUUAAAUGGAAUAAUAUUAAAAUUGAAUUAUUAGGUGAUUAUAAUACUGAUACAUCUGAAGAUUCUGAAUUAGACACAGAUACUGAUGUAGAUGAUGAUGACUUAGUAGACAGAGGAGACAGAGGAGACAAAGGAAAUAAAGUAGACAAAGGUAAUAUAGAAGAAGGUGUGGAAAUAAAAGAUAUGACAGAACAAGAAAUAAUAAGUUUACGUAAGAUAAUAUAUUUAUGUAUAAUGUCAUCAUUGAAUUAUGAAGAAUGUGUACAUAAGAUAUUGAAAUUGAAUAUAAAAGGAAAUGAAAUGGAAGUGUGUAUAAUGUUAAUAGAUUGUUGUUCAAUGGAACGAACUUAUCAAAUUUUCUAUUCACUUCAGGCGGAACUUUUAUGUAAACUAAUGCUAUCAUAUAAGACAAAUUUUGAAGAAUGUUUCAAUAGACAAUAUAAAUUAAUCCAUCGUUUAGAAACUGGAAAGAUACGUAAUAUAUCAAAAUUCUUUGCACAUCUGUUUUAUUCCAAUUCUAUUGAUUGGCAAAUAAUGAAAAUUAUACGUAUAACUGAAGAAGAUACCACAUCUAGUGGUCGUAUAUUUAUAAAAAUAUUAUUACAAGAAUUGGUACAGCAUUUAGGAAUUGAAGGAUUAUCUAGGAAAUUUCAUGAUGAAGAUGUUUUUAAUCAUAUGUUCCCAUCUGAUUUACCUAAAAAUAUUAGAUUCUCCAUUAACUUUUUAACUGCUAUUGGUUUAUCACAACUUACCAAUACUUUAAGAUCAUUAUUAUAA